CAAAAAUCGUCAAAACUAAGGGGCAAAAUGCGCGCGCAAUUUCGACAUUCGCGAAUUGCACCACACGGAGCAACUUGGAGCGGCGAUGACAAAACUAAGCGAGUUGAUGCGGAUGGGGGUGGGGAAACGAACGGCGGCGCUUGAAAGCAUGGGAAGGUCGAAGGGAAAGACACUUGACAGUCUCGAUGGCGUGCCUGUAGAACUUCCCAAGAUUAUUGCACAAGAAACGAAGAAGAUGAAGUACAGUACCGUCGUGAACCUUGUCAAAGUCCUUCGUUGUUCGUAUGUGGACUCGAAAGCAUGCAUGGAGCUCCUCAAUGAAGCAAAUCUUGGACGAGCACUAUUGGAAUCACUUCGAGCGAUGUCGAAAGGUACUGAGGGUGUUGACUUUAUCGACUUCACAUGGAGCUGAAGACAAGGAAGAUCAAGUGAUGGAAAGCUUUUUGUCAAGCAUUGGAGACUUGUUUGAGUGGGACUUUUUUGCCAAGAAUGAGCGGCGGUUUUUUCUUGAAGACAUUAUUGACAUCAUAAAAACGAGAUACACGAGCCCCGGUUUCCUCGUGACGGAAGCAUUGAGCGUCAUCAUGACGAUGUUCACGACAGACAAUGCAGCUGUCCUCAGUGAACUCCGAGCCAGUCGGAAGUGUCUUCCGCUAUUUUUCGACAUUAUAUCCAACAUGCCCAAGACGAAAUCCUUUCAUUUCCAAGCACUCCUCGUGGAAAUUGUUUAUCGCGUCAUACGUAUGCUUCGGAAGUCAUCAAUCAAGAAAGAUCAAGAACUCGUUCAGAAAACUCUCGAGUCCCUCCCACCAAUAUUGUCACUAGGGAUUCAAAGCGUCACUCCAAAGGAAUUUCGCGCGGGUACACGACAACUAUUAAACCAAUUCAACCAAGCUGUGGGGGUGGUGAAGUCAUUCCCCAUAAAGGCACUCUCAUUUGAGUGCAACAUGAACAAACAGGUCGCGAUGGACGAUGUUCAAUGGUUUGACAUGGGUGGCAUGACAUUUGAAGUUGAAAGCGCAGUCCGCAUUGCCGACGAACUCAUUCAAGGCAUUGCAAAACUGCAUUUUUCGAACAUCCAAGGAUAUUCCACCGACGGAAAGGGUAUUGCCAAACUGCACAUCAAGACAAGCGUAUCACUGGCAGAUGUGUUGCCAAAUGUGAAUGACGUGGCGUGGAAUGAUCUCCAUCGGCUAGUUGUUGUGUUACAAGUCGAUGCAUCCGUACGGCCAACUACGAAAGGUUCGAAGAAUUAA